AAAUUGAUCUAUCUUUUUCGAAAAAUUCUAUGUUAUUGCUCGCAAGAACUCAGAUUUUCCAAAAUCUGUUUCCAUUAGUCUAUAUUUCUGUGUCAAUAGCUGUGCAUAAUGAUAGUCCACCGUAGUUAUUGAUUUCAUGGGAAUGCAUUAUCUUUAUUAUUGGUCUCACGACACCUGAAAGUUAACUCUAAGUCUGUGGUGAUAAUGAACAAGUCUAACAGCUUAUAGAAACUAAUUAUUUGUGGAACACUGGAUUGCAAAGAAUAUUAGCUUGAAUUUGACCGUCCAUAUUUCAAUUAUUAAUAUCAAUAUGAAAUUACAUACUAAAAUUAGAGUCAGCAUAAUGCAACGUGCAUUUGAAUAUAAAACUCUCAAUAUUCACUGAUGUAUGUAGUGAUAAAUCCCUAGUCAAGUACAUCAAAGGCUCUCGUACCUUUUCCAUUUUAGGUACUUGACUUAUAAUUAUAGAAUUUGCUUGCUUAUAAUCAAGUAUUUUUCAGAAACUCUAGUGUGAAACUUACCAAUGGUUCUGACAAAGAGAUAAAUUUAAAUUUGAGAUUUUAUUUAGAAUAUCUGGGUCCUUACAAAUCAGAGUGCGGUUAAUUAGUAAAUUGAAAAGGAGUAAGGUAUUUCCAAGUCCCAUGCCAUUGUAAUAAUUAAUAACACAUGUUUUUCUUCUUAAGCAGUUUCUUCUUGAUUCCUGUGUAAUUCCUGGAGCUGUAAAGUUUGAUUUUGUCUUUUGGGAUUGUCAUGCUAACACAUUUCUCAAUUACUAGUUUUUGGGUUUGUUUAAGUUUAUGGUUUACACAUUCUGUAUAUCUUUUAUAUGCGUUAUGUUGCAGAAAUGCUUUCCAGCAUGAGUUGACUUUGUUAGAAAAGGUCCGACAUCCUAAUGUGGUUCAGUUUAUUGGUGCUGUCACCCAGAAAAUGCCUAUGAUGAUUGUUUUGGAGUAUCAUUCAAAGGGUGACCUAGGUAGCUAUCUUCAAAAGAAAGGACGGCUAUCUCCAUCUAAAGCAUUAAGAUUUGCUCUUGAAAUUGCCAGGGGCAUGAAUUAUCUUCAUGAAUGCAAACCAGACCCAGUUAUUCAUUGUGAUUUAAAGCCAAAAAAUAUUUUGCUGGAUUGUGGAGGACAGUUGAAGGUUGCUGGAUUUGGUGUGCUUAGAUUAUCCAAAGUUUCAGAGGACAAAUUUAAACUGGAGCGUCCUGAAGCCAUAGAUCGUACAAGUUUGUAUGUGGCAACUGAGAUUUUUAAAGAUGAAAUAUUUGAUAGAAGUGUGGAUGUGUACUCUUUUGGUCUUUUACUUUAUGAGAUGGUGGAGGGCGUGCCACCAUUUUCAAAGUCUCCUGAAGAAAUUGCUAAGUUGAUGACCUUAGAUGAUAAGAGACUGGCCCUAAAGAUGAAAUCUAAAUCUUUCCCUCCUGAUUUAAAAAAGUUGAUCGAAGAAUGUUGCCAUCCGGAUUGUGUUGGACGUCCAACAUUUUCAGAGAUCAUUGUCCGUUUGGAAAAAGUUGUUGUGAAAUGCUCCAAACAUGGAUGGUGGAAAGAUGCUUUCAAGCUCCCUUGGAAAUGAAAGAUGCAGUCAAGAGAAGACAUGCAUGUUAACAACUUGGAUAACUGGUGGAAAGAGGGGUGAUCACUAGUGUCACACCUUCGAAUACCUUUGGUGAUUAGGCUUUUGCAUAAUUUUAGCCUUGCAGAGGAAAAGGGGGUGCCAGAAUAUUGCGAGUUUUGUUUGCCAUAAUUUUUAUUCACAUAUUUUGUAGAAUUCAUAACCAUCCAUAAUUAUUACCCACUUAUUAAUUGUACAUUCUAUAA